CACCCCCGCCACCUACGCGUCCGGGUUUAGCAAUCUGUGUAUCGUGUGAAAGGGUGCCAUGUGGGGAAGGAGCUACCUACUAAUAUAAAACUUGUUAGGGCGAACUGAGCCGGGUUAAAGCGAGCUGACGAUGAGUCUCCUACCUCGCACCGCGGAGGAGUUCAGCUCCUCCGAGUACUGGGAGAGGUUUUUCAAGAAGCGCGGAGAGAAGGCUUUUGAGUGGUACGGAGACUACAGCAAACUGUGUGGCGUGCUGCACAAAUACAUCAAAACCAAAGACAAGGUGUUAGUCAUAGGUUGUGGUAACUCUGAACUGAGUGAACAAAUGUAUGAUGUUGGCUACAAACAUCUGACGAACAUAGACAUCAGUGAGACCGUGGUGACUCAUAUGAACCAGCGAAAUGCUGAGAGGCGCCCAGGCCUGACCUUCCAGCAAGUAGAUGCUACUCAGACCCCCUAUGAGGAUGCCAGCUACCAGGCUGCUUUAGACAAGGGCACCCUGGAUGCCAUUGCAUCAGAGGAGGAAGGAGCACUGGCCAGGAGGAUGCUCACUGAGGUGGGCCGUGUGCUCAGUGUGGGGGGCAGGUAUGUCUGCGUGACUCUGGCCCAGGAAAGUGUGAUAAGGCUCGCUGUGGAACACUUUGUUCAGAUGGGCUGGGCGGUGCGGCUCCACUGCCUGCAGGAAACAGAGAGUGCGGAGGACUCCUUUGCUCUGCCUGUCUUUGUUUUGAUCUGCACCAAAUUUCGCCAGCCUAUGCCCAUGCCCAUUCUGGAGAUGUGCCUUGGGGACGAUGGAGCCCCUACCCGUCUUACACAGGUUGCAGAGCUGCUGUCGGCAGUGAAGGAGCAUCAGGCAUACUCUGUCUUGAGAAAGAGGCUCCGUACUGGUACAGACGCCACAUCAAACCCGUCACUCACCCUGUGCCAUGCCAAAACUGGCCUCCCCAGAUAUACUCUCACAGUGCAAGAUAGCCCCCCUGGUGCCAAAGUGCCCAGAGCAAACCAUUUUGCCAUCUUUAUUGUGCCUCAAGGCAGAGAGACAGAUUGGCUCUAUGGCUCCAGUGAGGGGCAAAGACAGCUGGCAGCCAGUGCUAACUUCCGCCGCUUGGUGAUUGUGGCAAUGCACAGAAAUCAGGAGUACACAGACAUGCAGGCUGUCCAAUCAGAACUCUCACCAAUGGUGAUGGACCUGGCUCCCCCGGGUAUGCCAGCCAACCAGCAGGUGCCCUUUCUGUCAGUUGGUGGUCAGCUGGGCUGGAGAGAUGUGAUCAGUAGGGGUGUGAGUGAGCUGAGUGGAGAGUACUCUGUGGAGGAUGUGAGACUAGAGGAUGGAGAACUGUAUCGCAGACUGGUGUUCCUGUCUAAUACUGGCCUGGUUCAGUCAGAAAGCCGGCUGCUCUCCCCAAACACUGCAUCAAGUCAUAAGAAGAAGAGCAAAAAGAAGGCCAUGUUGGCAGCUCCUCCGAAAACACUGUCUACUUCCCUUACCGUGGACAGUGGCUUCCUCUGUUGUACUCAUCAUGAAGUCAUGGUGGCUGGCCUUACCAUGCUUGGGGUGGGCUCACCACAGAAUAAAGAUGUCCCGGUGUCAGUGCUCCUGGUGGGGCUCGGUGGAGGAGGCCUGCCUCAGUUCCUGAGAGAUUUUGUUCCUUGUGUCACGGUUGAGGUUGUGGAGCUAGACCCUGCUGUGCUGGAAGUGGCAAAGGAAUGGUUCGGCUUCCGACCUGAUGACCAUUUGACUGUCACUCUUGGGGAUGGCCUUGAACGUAUCUCUGCCCUGGAGAAGGAAGGUGGUAAAUUGUUUGAUGUCAUCAUGUUUGAUGUAGACAGUAAGGACACCACUGUGGGUAUGAGCUGCCCUCCUUCUGGCUUUGUAGAAGCCUCCCUCUUGCAGAAAGUCUGCAACCUGCUAACUCCCAGAGGUGUAUUCAUGCUGAACCUUGUGUGUCGUGACCCGCUUUUGAGGAAAAGUGUUUUGGAGCGUGUGCAUGGUGUGUUCCCCUCAGUGUUUUCUCGGGGGAUCGAGGGGGAAGUCAACGAAGUGCUUCUGUGUUCUUGUGGAGAAAAGAAGACAGUGGACACUGCCCCACCAGCCCUCACCCAAGCAGCCAACAAUCUGCAGAGCGCACUGUGCUCUAACAAGACUGCAAGAACCUCCAGUCCAAAUAUAGACAUUGCUGAGUUGUUAAAAGACCUGAAAGUAGCAUGAAGUUAUAUGUGACCAAGGGGAUGAGAUUUAAUGAUGGGACUGACCAGGAAGAAGAGACGACAAAGUAUAUCCCAGAAUUUCAUGUAAGCAGUUAGGAGCCUAUGCAUCGCCAGUGGUCUAUUUCAGUGCUGAUAUUCAUGUUGAUAUACAGUUGCAAGCAAAGACCAUUUUAUCUUUACAAUUUGGUGGGGGAUUUGUCAACAAAUGCUCUUGGAUAUUUGACCAUUCCAGAUGUAUCCUGAAUUCUAAUGCAACAACAAACUAUAAAUGUAAAUUUAUUGUAAAUUUGCUCAAUCAGAGCUCGAUUAUAUGGAAAUUUUGCAUUCUCACACAUUAAAAAUCCAGUUGCUCUUUCA